AUGUCCGGCAUGGAACUAGUUGUGGCUCCGAUUGUCAGUGGAGCGGUCGUAGAAACUGGUCGGCCUCUCUGUGGCUCUAUCUAUUCUACGAUCAAGAAAAUUGUCAAAGGCCCAGUACAACAGCUUGAUCUAUUGGAAAGCCAUAUGAAAUCCCUUAUGGUUCGUAGAGAUGAUGCAGAAGAAGAAAUGAAAAGAGCCACGCAGGAAGGAAGGGUAAUAAAAGCUCAAGCCACUGCGUGGGUUGGGGAGGUUGACGAGCUAAAGCGUAAGAAUGAUCAGAUUCAAGAAGCAAAGAGUUCCCGAUGUUUCUUAAGUUGCAUUACUAAGCGGUAUAGAAUAAGCACGAAGGUGGCAGAACAUCUCAAAGAGAUAGAAAGGCUUUCAGAAGAGGGAAGGUCCCUUGCUGGUUCCAGGGCUUUUAAUUAUUCAGAGUUCAAAGCAGUGGAGCAGAUUCCUGGACCUUCAAUUAAAGAUCAAACAGCAUCAGUAUCAGAAGAUUUAGCCAAAAUUAUGGCUCUAUUGUCUGAGGAUAAAAACGGGAUAAUUGGUAUAUGGGGGAUGGGAGGAAUCGGCAAAACUAAUCUGGUGAGAAAUUUGAACAAUAAGCUGCUCGAAAAUAAUUCAAAUCUGCGUUUUAGCUGUGUAAUAUGGGUUACAGUGUCCAAAAAUUUGGACAUAAAAAAGCUCCAGAUGGGAAUAGCUUCCAGACUGCGUUUGAAUCUGGAAGAAAGAUCGGGAGCGGAUAGAAUAGCUAUUCAACUUCAUCAAAGACUACUAAAGGAGGAAAGUUUUCUUCUUAUUCUCGAUGAUGUUUGGAAAAAAGUUGAUUUGGACAUUUUGGGUGUCCCACGGCCUGAAGUUCAUAGCGGUAGUAAGAUCAUAUUGACAUCUAGAUCUUUAGAUGUAUGUAGGGACAUGCUGACUGAUUUUAACGUUGAAUUGAGCGUUUUGAGGGAUGAAGACGCUUGGAAACUAUUUAGUCGAUAUGCGACGGAUGUGGUUAGUUUAGAACAUAUCACACCUCUUGCUGAGGCAAUUUGUAGCGAGUGUAAGGGAUUGCCUUUGGCCAUCAUCACCGUGGGAGCUGCAAUGAGAGGAAAGACGAAUCCUGAGGUAUGGAAGCAUGCUUUGAAUCAAUUGCGAAGAUCGGUGCCUUGUGCAGCAGGCGUUGAGGAGGCGCUCUAUAAGCCUUUGAAGUGGAGUUACGACUCAUUAGAAGGUAAAGACUUGAAAGCUUGUUUCCUUUACUGCUCUUUGUUUCCAGAGGACUUCUCAAUUAAAAUAGAUGAACUAGUAUGGUACUGGCUGGCGGAAGGUUUGAUUAAUGAUGGAGAAAAGUACGAGGAUUUCUACAGCAGAGUAAUUAGUUUGAUUGAAAAUCUGAAGGACGCCUGUUUGUUGGAAGAUGGUUCCUAUGAGGGCACAGUGAAGAUGCAUGACGUUGUUCGUGAUGUUAGCAUAUGGAUGGCAUCAAGUACCUGCAGCGAGGAUGGAAGUAAAUCCCUUGUUCGUUCAGGGAAUGGGUUGAAAGAGAUUUCAGCUGCUGAGCUAUCAAAUUCUCUCAAAAGAGUUUCUUUCAUGUAUAACGAUUUAGAAAGACUGCCUGAUGAGUCUGUGAUACAAUGUUCAGAGGCAUCAACUUUGCUACUACAAAAUAAUCGUCGCCUUGACUUAAUUCCUGAAAGAUUUUUGGAAGGAUUUAAAGCACUGAGAGUCUUGAAUAUCAGUUGGACCAGCAUCAAGUCAUUGCCCGUUUCUCUACUUCAACUGGAUGAUCUCCGUGCUCUUCUUUUGAAUAAUUGCGAGGAUCUCGAAGAAUUGCCCCCGCUGGAAAGGCUCAGUAGACUUCAAGUGCUUGAUCUCUCUUGUACUGGUAUCAGAGAAUUGCCAAGAGGGUUGGAGCAACUCAGCAACUUAAGGCAUCUAAUCUUAAGGAGGACUGACGAAUUGAAAGCGGUUAAAGGUGGAGUCAUAUCCAAGUUGUCUAGGUUAGAAGUUCUGGACAUGUCAGACAGUAACAACAAUUGGAAAGUGAAGGGAGGGGUAAAUGAGGAAGAAGCAUGUAUUGAAGAGCUCCAAUGCCUUGAGCGGUUACAAAUCUUAGACAUCAGGUUGGAAUGGGUCCCCUCUCACAGUUGCCAAGAUACAAUUAUUUCCUUGACAAAUAGAUUAAAAGGAUUCCAAAUUACCAUCGUACGGCCGGACCAUCCUUUUAAUUAUCCAGGUAUUUUCUAA